AUGCCGAACCAAAUCCGCGACAUCCGAACCGUUGAUAAGGAAUCCUACCCUUAUAUCUUCGAAAAGGACGUCUCAGUUCCACUGCAAAAUGGAGGAGUCGUCCGCUGCAAUGUCUACCGCCCAAAAGACUCCGACGCAGGAGUGACCUAUCCUGUACUGGUUACAUAUGGACCCUAUGGGAAAGACAUCCCACUGGAAUGCUUCAAUCCAAAAAGCUUUGCCGAGCUCAAUCCUGUCCACAAAACCAGUCAUUCAUCCUGGGAGACUCCGACUCCAAAAUACUGGACCGAGCAUGGGUACAUCGUCGUGCGAGCUGAUGAAAUUGGAACGGGUCAAUCUCCUGGGAUCCUCAAUCCACUUUCUGCGCAGACCGUGGAUAGUUUUUGUGAAGUUAUCGAAUGGGCUUCUGAACAGCCCUGGUCGACGGGAAGAGUUGGCUUACUAGGCAUCAGCUACUUCGCGGGUACUCAGUGGCCGGUUGCAGCGCGCAAUCCGAGGGGUCUAGCUGCAGCAAUCCCAUGGGAAGGGUUUUCGGAUUAUUAUCGAGAUUCUACCCGACACGGAGGAAUCUUGUCCAAUACCUUUCUUCAUUCCUGGUGGGCUCGUCAGGUGGCAUCAAAUCAGUAUGGAUUGCCUGGCAAAGCCGCUAGAAAUUGGGGCCCGGAUACGAUUGAAGGGGACUUGCCAGAGGAUGAGCUUACAGAAAACAUCGUAAGUCUGUCAUCAUGGACGUCAAAGUGUCGCUAUCGGGAUGAUCCGCCUUUUACGAGCGCAGACUAUAACCUGGAAGACAUCAAGAUCCCGAUUCUCAGUGUCGCAAAUUUGGGCGGGAUCCUGCUACAUCUCAGAGGAAAUGUGCAAGGUUUUGCUUUGGCGGGCUCCGAAUUCAAAUACCUUCGAUUCAUUGUCGGUCGUCAUGAUCUGCCGUUCUACGAAGACGAAGAGGUCGAGAUUCAGCGCAGCUUCUUGGAUGCAUUCUUGAAAGAUGACGACCGGGAUGGAUGGACCAAAAAAGGAGCAAUUCCUCCAGUGAACCUGAUACUUCGAAAGGGAGAUGUUGGAUACAACGACCCUAUUGCAGAGAAAGCUUUCCCUAGGCGUUUGGAAAUGGAAUGGCCACUGGCAAGAACAGAAUACACAAAUCUCUUCCUCCACCACGGCGGAGAUAUGCUUUUCACGCAACCCCAGUCAACCUCCACAAGAAGCUAUGAAGCACCAGGCAAAGGACAGUCCACUGAGAUAGUGUCCUUUUCGACAGCACCCUUCGAAAAAGAAACAGAGAUAACUGGACACAUUGUCGCCCAUCUCAAUGUCUCCGUCGGUCAAGAUGAUGCUGGAUCAAUCCCAUCGGACUUGGACUUAUUCCUAACUCUUCGGCAUGUGUCAGCCAAGGGUACCGAGAUUCUUUAUACCGGGACCACGGGGGAGGGAGCUCCAGUGACAAAAGGAUUUCUACGAGUUAGCCUGAGGAAGACCAAUCCAGAGCAUCCUCAUCAUCAUCCUUGGCUCCCCUAUCGGGACUAUUUUUCGACCGAUGUUCUUCCACUUACUCCUGGCGAAGUAUACGCAGUUGAUGUCGAGCUUUGGCCAACUAACGUGGUUGUCGACGCCAAUAGUCGCCUGAUUUUGGAAAUUAGCUCAGGUGAUACCGCAGGUAGCGGAAUGUUUAACCACAAUGAUCCCAUUGACAGGGCAGAGAAUGUCUUCAAAGGUCGAAAUCACAUCCACUUCGGUCCUGACCAUGUGAAUUUCAUGACUAUUCCCAUAAUACCACCCUCAUCAUCUGCUUAA